UACAUUUCCAAAUACAACUCAAUAAGUUAUUAGCAAGAGAGAAAGAGAGACUCCAAAGAAAUAGAAACUAUACCUAUAUAUACAGUCUAAAUAUGGCAAUGGUUCAAAACAAUGGUUACCAAAUGCCAAUAACUUGCCAAACCGGUGUCUCGAAAAUGGCAGUCCAUCGAGAAACCGGCUACCGUAAACCAAUCAACAGCCACAACCCUGAGGAGUUGUCGAAAAUGACAGUUACUCUAAAUAGCGGUUAUGAAAUGCCUAUAAUAGGACUCGGUGUUUUCCGUAUGGAUGGCAAGGUCAUGAAGGACUUCAUCCUCGAGGCUAUCAACAAAGGCUACCGUCACUUUGACUGCGCAGCUAAAUAUCAGAAUGAAGCCGAAUUAGGUGAGGCAAUUGCAGAAGCAAUUGAAAAGAAACUUGUCAAGAGGGAGGAACUUUUUAUUACUACCAAGCUGUGGAAUUCAGACCACGGUCAUGUCCUUGAGGCCUGUCAAGACAGUUUGAACAAGCUACGCUUAGAUUAUCUUGAUCUCUUUCUCAUUCACUUCCCUGUGCCCACAAUUCACACAGGAAUUGGCAAAGCUUCCAGUGUUAAAGGGGAAGAUGGUAUUCUCGACAUUCAAACUAACAUUACUUUGGAAACAACAUGGCGCGGUAUGGAAGAUCUUGUUUCCAAGGGACUGGUUCGCAGCAUAGGAAUUAGCAACUAUAGUGUGCUGCUAACCAGGGACUGCUUGGCUUAUGCAAAAAUAAAGCCUGCCGUGAAUCAGAUCGAGACACAUCCUUAUUUCCAGAGAGAAUCUCUCGUCAAAUUCUGUCAAAAACACGGCGUCUGUGUAACAGCACACACCCCUCUUGGGGGUUCUGUAGCCAACGUCGAAAUGUUUGGCUCUGUGUCAUGUUUGGAUGAUCCAAUUCUCAAAAUUUUGGCUGAAAAAUAUAAAAGGAGUGUGGCACAGAUUGUUCUUCGCUGGAACAUUCAGCGAAAUGUUGUCAUCAUCCCCAAGACAUCCAAAAAGGAGAGAUUGUCGGAGAAUUUACAGGUUUUUGACUUUGAGCUCACUAAAGAGGACAUGGAACUGAUUAAAGCACUGGACCGAAAUCACAGGACCAACAUUCCUGGAAAGUUUUGGGGCAUAGAUAUAUACCAGUAAAUCACCUGACUUUUUGAGGUCAUACCUGGAAAGUUUUGGGGCGUAGUUAUAUAAGUAAAUCGCCUGGCUUUUUGAGGUCGAUGAAACAGUAAUUUACAUUAGUAUUGAGUGUGUUGUUAGUAUUGUGUGUGGUUAGAGCUCGACAUUCGUGAUCUCUCUUUGAACGAUUGAUUGAGACGAUAAACAAUAAAGUUUGGCUAUAUGUAAUAAAUUUAUGCUAUGUUUACUCUCUAUAUUUGCUACAAUUGAGCAGCAAAACCCAUUCGAUGCA